AUGGAAGGAGAAAUAAGCAACCCUCAGCCUCUACAGGAGGAGACAUAUGACAUGUCUGGUGCCCGCCUGGCCCUCACACUGUGCGUCACUGAAGCUCGAGAAGGUUCGGAAGCAGAUUUGGAUGCCCUGGAACGUAUGUUCCACCAGCUGAGAUUUGAAAACACCACAAAGACAAACCCGCCUUUCCAGCAAUUUCUAGAUGAGAUGAAAACAUUCCAGGAGACCCUAGACAGCUGGGAGGAGCCCGUCAGCUGCGCCUUUGUGGUGCUCAUGGCACACGGGGACGAAGGGCUCCUCAAGGGGGUGGAUGAGGAGAUGGUCAAGCUGGAUGACCUCUUUGAAGCCCUGAACAACAAGAACUGCGAGGCGCUGCGAGGCAAGCCCAAGGUGUUCAUCAUGCAGGCCUGCCGAGGAGAGCACAGGGACCUUGGUGAAACCAUAGGUGGGGAUCAGGUGGUGAUGAUCAAGCAAGAUCACCCCCAAACCAUUCCGACGUACACGGACACACUCCAUGUCUACGCCACAAUGGAAGGGUACAUCGCCUACAGGCAUGACCAGAAAGGCUCCUGUUUCAUUCAGACCUUGGUGGAGGUGUUCACGGAGAAGAAAGGGCCCAUCCUGGAGCUGCUCACGGAGGUGACCCGGCUCAUGGCUGAAGCAGAGCUGAUGCAGGAAGGAAGAGCGAGGAAAGUGAACCCUGAAAUCCAGAGCACACUCCGGAAACGCUCUACCUCCAAUAAAAGUCCAACAGCCCCUUGUCCUGGUCUCUUCCUGAGUGCCCCUUGA